AUGUCUUCCAAGCGACCAGCCUCUCCGUAUGGGGAAGCAGAUGGAGAGGUAGCCAUGGUGACAAGCAGACAGAAAGUGGGAGAAGAGGAGAGUGACGGGCUCCCAGCCUUUCACCUUCCCUUGCAUGUGAGUUUUCCCAACAAGCCUCACUCUGAGGAAUUUCAGCCAGUUUCUCUGCUGACGCAGGAGAACUGUGGCCAUAGGACUCCCACUUCCCAGCACAACACAAUGGAAGUUGAUGGCAAUAAAGUGAUGUCUUCGUUUGCCCCGCACAACUCAUCUACCUCACCCCUGAAGGCAGAAGAAGGUGGGCGCCAGGGCGGGGAGUCCCUGUCCAGCGCGGCGCUGGGCACCCCCGAGCGCCGCAAGGGCAGCCUGGCAGAUGUCGUGGACACCCUCAAGCAAAGGAAAAUGGAAGAGCUCAUCAAAAACGAGCCAGAAGAAACUCCCAGUAUUGAAAAGCUACUAUCAAAGGACUGGAAAGACAAGCUUCUUGCCAUGGGAUCAGGGAACUUUGGAGAAAUAAAAGGGACUCCAGAGAGCCUGGCUGAGAAGGAGAGGCAGCUCAUGGGCAUGAUCAACCAGCUGACCAGCCUGAGGGAGCAGCUGCUGGCAGCCCACGACGAGCAGAAGAAGCUGGCGGCGUCUCAGAUCGAGAAGCAGCGGCAGCAAAUGGAGCUGGCCAAGCAGCAGCAGGAGCAGAUUGCAAGACAACAGCAGCAGCUUCUGCAGCAGCAGCACAAAAUUAACCUUCUUCAGCAGCAGAUCCAGCAGGUCCAGGGUCAGCUGCCUCCAUUGAUGAUCCCCGUGUUCCCUCCAGACCAGCGCACGCUGGCAGCAGCUGCCCAGCAAGGAUUCCUCCUUCCUCCUGGCUUCAGCUACAAGGCGGGAUGCAGUGACCCCUACCCCGUUCAGCUGAUCCCAACUACCAUGGCAGCUGCUGCCGCAGCAACGCCGGGCUUAGGCCCUCUCCAACUGCAGCAGUUGUAUGCUGCCCAGCUCGCUGCCAUGCAGGUGUCUCCAGGAGGCAAGAUCCCUGGCAUUGCCCAGGGGAGCCUUGGUGCUGCCGUGUCCCCCACCAGCAUCCACACAGACAAGAGCACAACCAGCCCUCCUCCCAAGAGCAAGGAUGAAGUGGCCCAGCCUCUGAACCUUUCAGCCAAACCCAAGACAUCUGAUGGCAAAUCUCCCACGUCCCCCACCUCUCCUCACAUGCCAGCUCUGAGAAUAAACAGUGGGGCCAGCUCACUAAAGUCCUCCGUGCCAGCAACAUUAGCCAGUCCUUCGGCCAGAGCCAACACAAUAGGUUAUUUAAAUGACCACGAUGCUGUCACCAAGGCCAUCCAGGAGGCGCGGCAGAUGAAGGAGCAGCUACGGAGGGAGCAGCAGGUGCUGGAUGGGAAGGUGGCCGUGGUCAACAGCCUGGGUCUCAAUAACUGCAGGACAGAAAAAGACAAAACCACACUGGAGACCCUGACCCAGCAGCUGGCAGUAAAGCAGAGUGAAGAUGGGAAGUUCAGCCACGCAAUGAUGGAUUUCAACAUGAGUGGAGAUUCUGAUGGGAGCGCGGGGGUGUCGGAGUCGCGGAUCUACCGGGAGUCGCGCGGGCGCGGCAGCAACGAGCCGCACAUCAAGCGCCCCAUGAACGCCUUCAUGGUGUGGGCCAAGGACGAGCGCAGGAAGAUCCUACAGGCCUUCCCCGACAUGCACAACUCCAACAUCAGCAAGAUCCUAGGAUCUCGCUGGAAAGCUAUGACAAACCUAGAGAAGCAGCCAUACUACGAGGAGCAGGCCCGGCUGAGCAAGCAGCACCUGGAGAAGUACCCAGACUACAAGUACAAGCCGCGGCCCAAGCGCACGUGCCUGGUGGACGGCAAGAAGCUGCGCAUCGGCGAGUACAAGGCCAUCAUGCGCAACCGGCGCCAGGAGAUGAGGCAGUACUUCAACGUCGGGCAACAGGCGCAGCUGCCGCUGGCCACGGCGGGCGUGGUGUACCCGGGAGCCAUCGCCAUGGCGGGCAUGCCCUCGCCCCACCUUCCCUCGGAGCACUCGAGCGUGUCCAGCAGCCCCGAGCCCGGCCUGCCCGCGCUCCCCGGCGCCUACGGGCCCAAGGGCGACGAGCCGCUCGUCAAGGAGGAGCUGCAGCCCGACGAGGCCAACGGCGACGUCUACGACGACUACGACGAGGAGGAGGAGGACCCCGAUGCAGACUAUGGCAGUGACAGUGAAAACCACAUGGCGGGCCAGGCCAACUGAUCGGGGCCGCCGCUCGCCCGCGGGACUUCAAGGAGGAAAGGAAACGGAUCAAUCAAUAAAGCCCCAUCUGGUUUAUCCUUGCCAGUGGCCAAGCACAUUAACUUUCUCAUACACUGACUGUUACUUUAACUGUUAGUCUUAACUAGUUGGGACAUCAGCUGACUAAUAGACAUCAGCCUGCAUCAGAGGAAAAAAGGCUCAGAAGAAAGGAAACGAAGACGACGACGACAACAACAGAAUGAUAUAAGCUAUGGGUAAAAUAAUGCCAGUAAUUCAGCUGCUAUACCCAAGCACUGAAGUCUUACCCGUUGACCUUUUAUUAUUAUUAUUUUUUUUUCAAAUAAACUUUAUGGCUGUUUGUU